AUGUCCCUCUCAUCAGACCGCACAAAAUGCCUUGCAAUUACUUUCUGCCGGCAGUUACAACCGUCACGUCUUACUUUGCAUGUGUUUGAUUUGUUUAUUUCUUUCAAGUAUAUCAACGUUACACAUCAACACAAUUCAUGGCUUUCUCAAGCUAUCCAAAACUGUUAUCUUAUUGGUCAUGUUGAACCAUACUUAUUAUUGAUAGGUGGAUCUUCCGCACAUUUGCAAACUAUAAAAUUAUCAUGGGACAGAGGCCAACUUAAAUCUCCUUUUGGUUUCUCAAUCAACUCAGUGUCAGAUGUUGGUUCCUGGUUCUUGGAGACUUCUCAGUUUAAUGCAAUGCGUUUGGAGGAGGUUAUCUGUCAACUAGUUUGGCAAGUUACACAAUCCGAACCUAGUUGUUCAGUAGAACGUCUAGUCAAAUAUCUUGAAGACGUAUAUCGCAGCAUACAGCUUCCUAUCCCUUCACUAGAAGAUGUGAAUAAUUCUUUGGCAGUCUUAACUCGAGCUGGAGCGAUAUAUUUUAGCGGUCACGGAUACAAUCUUCUGACACCUGAAAAGUUAGCUGUUGCAAAAUGGCUUGAAACUGUACCUGAAAUAUGUACAGACACUGAAAGUGUCUUGGAUUGUCCAACUUUAAAAUCAGCCCCUCUAGCAGAAACGGAGCCAUUCGCACAAAAUGCAUCUUUAUCUGAUCCAGUUAACCGUUGUAAUAUUGUUCAAAACAACGACCAACUUCGUAAUGCUAAACAUAAAGUUGGGAAUUCUACACAUUAUCGAAACACUAGUGCUCUGGUGCCAGUCCCUGAAAAUCUAGAACUAGAACAUUUGCUCAAGUCUUUCAGUGCACAUUCCAUAAGUUCAUAUCACCUUCGAAGUAAUCAUAUAAGUCAUUGCAAUCCGGUUGUAUUUGUUUCACCUACAAAUAGUUUAAAAUACCUCAAUUCUCAGUUUCCCCUAACUUAUAAAACAAAUGAAAUCAAUAGUAAUUAUAAACCUAGAGUUAUAAAAUCAGCAAGAGAAAAUGUUAGCAAGUUUAGUUCAGCUGAUGUGAGUGAUUCUCUUCAGUCGCACACGGCUCGGUCUAAAAUCAAAAUCCCGCAUCAUUCACAAAUAGAAACACCUUCAUUCGCCAAAUAUACUAAAAUACCAUCGAACAAAAAAUUUCAUUCCCCAGGUUUUUUAAAGUGGAUUUUGGAACGAUUUCAACAUCUUCGUCUUUCUUGGCGUCCCAGUUAUCUGUCAUGCGUUGAAGAUCAGAUUAUGCAUCCUCAAAAAGGUAAGACAUCUCCUCAAGUAAUGAAAACUGCUAAAGAUGAGUAUCAUGUUCCCAGUCAUCCUGCAAAUCAACCACCUCAAAACCAUGCGAUAUCCCACUACAGCUUUUCUCCUAGCAACUUACGAAGAUGCUUUAGUUUGUCGGAUGAGGGGAAAUCGAAUAAAACUAACGACCAAAUUAUAAAAAAUUGUAGUUCCAGUAUGCAGGCAUCAUUCUCUUCAGAGAUUUUGAAUGUAGAAACUAACGGUAAGAGUGACAGAAAACGAUCAAGUUAUCCAAGCAAACAAUUACAUUUGUUUUCUCACAAAGAUCAUCAUAGAAAUCAUUCAGUAGCAUCCUUAAAUGUUAGCUCAGUGUCUUUUGCGAAAAAUCAUUUUCAAAAUGACGGUAUUAAAUCAGUACCACGUCAAAUUACUUCACCUCCUACUCUGGUGCGUAACAUUUCAAAGAAUGCCUCUAAUUUUUCUAUGCAACGCAGCGGCUGGACAUCUACUAUUCGAGAUAGUGGGUUCGUAGAAGGACUACAUCGCCCUUGCAUAUCUGGUUCUUUUAUACAAUCUAAUUUUUCGAAAUCUUCCGAAAGUUCCCAUAUGCAUUAUAAUCCUAGAUCAGACAGUUCGCGAAAGGCGUCUGUUAACUCCUCAAAUCUUUGGUGGUACACAGGAUCCAGUCGCUUGGCGCCUUCUAUAAGAGCUUCCAGGUCACAAUUCAUUGCUUCUAAUAAUGUGAAUGUUGUCAAGGAAUACCAUUGA